GCUUUGCACCCUAGAGUGGCUGCAGCUCUUCCACUCCAGAGCUGUCCAUCCUGCCUGCCGGCGCCUGGCCACCAUGUGGGAGCUCUUGGCUCUCUUGCUGCUCACUCUAGCCUAUUUUCUUUGGCCCAAGGUAAAGAGCCCUGGUGCCAAAUACCCCAAGAGCCUCCCAUCCCUGCCCUUGGUGGGCAGCCUGCCAUUCCUCCCCAGAAAUGGCCACCCGCACGUGAACUUCUUCAAGCUGCAGGAAAAAUACGGCCCCAUCUAUUCCUUUCGUAUGGGGAGCAAGACUACAGUGAUGAUCGGCCACCACCAGCUGGCCAAGGAGGUGCUUAUCAAGAAGGGCAAGGAAUUCUCCGGACGGCCCAAAGUGACGACUCUAGAUAUCCUGUCAGACAAGCAAAAGGGUGUUGCCUUUGCUGACUAUGGUGCCGGCUGGCAGCUGCAUCGGAAGCUGGUGCUGGCCACCUUUGCCCUGUUCAAGGAUGGCAACCUGAAGCUGGAGAAGAUCUUAUGUCAGGAAAUCAGUUCGUUUUGUGAUUUCCUGGCCACCCAGAACGGACAGUCCAUAGAUUUGGGCUUGCCUCUCUUCUUCGCGGUGACCAAAAUAAUCUGCUUCAUCUGCUUCAACACCUCCUACAAGAAUGAACAUCCUAUAAUGAAGACCAUACAGACAUUCAAUGAUGGCAUCAUGGAGUCUCUGAGCAAGAACAGUAUAGUAGACAUAUUCCCUAAGUUGAAGAUUUUCCCCAACAAAGCCCUGGAAAUAAUGAAGAAUUGUACUAAAAUACGAAAUGAGUUGCUGACUGAAAUCUAUGAAAAACAUAAGAAGAACUUCAACAGCAACUCUGUCACUAACUUGCUGGACAUCCUGAUUCAAGCCCAAAUGAACUCAAGCAAUAACAACACUGGCUCAGACCAGGAUUCAAAGCUGCUUUCAGAUCGACACAUUCUCGCCACUAUAGGGGACAUCUUCGGGGCUGGUUUGGAAACCACCACCUCUGUGGUGAAGUGGACUGUGGCGUUCCUGCUGCACAAUCCUGAGCUGCAAAAGAAGAUCCAGGAGGAGAUUGAACAGAACGUCGGUUUCAGCCGCACACCGACUAUGAGUGACCGGAACCACCUCGUGCUGCUGGAGGCCACCAUCCGGGAGGUGCUGCGCAUUCGCCCGGUGGCCCCUACGCUCAUCCCCCACAAGGCUAUCACUGACUCCAGCAUCGGCGAGUUUGCCAUUGACAAGGGUACAAAUGUUGUCAUCAAUUUGUGGGCACUGCAUCAUAAUGAGAAGGAAUGGCACCGACCCGACCAGUUCAUGCCCGAGCGCUUCCUGGACCCCACAGGGAGACAGCUCAUCUCGCCAUCCUCCAGCUACUUGCCCUUCGGAGCAGGACCCCGCUCCUGCCUAGGGGAGAACAUGGCCCGCCAGGCACUCUUCCUCUUCAUGUCCUGGAUGCUGCAGAGGUUCGACCUGGAGGCCCCAGAUGAUGGGCAGCUGCCCUCCCUGGAGGGCACCCCCAAUGUGGUCUUUCUGAUAGACUCUUACAAAGUAAAGAUUAAGAUUCGCCAGGCCUGGAAGGAAGCCCAGGGUGAGGGUAGCACCUAGAAGUGUGUCUAGCACUCCACCCUGUGUGGCCCCACAGCACAGAAUGAGAGGUGUUACUCUACCCUCCCGCCCUUCCUCCCUCCUCCUGGUCCACUCUGCCUUCUUUUCCAGCCCUGACAGUGUUGUGCAUAAAGUUUUUCUUAAGAAGGUCCCUGAACUUAUUAUAGUCCUUACUAUCAUUGUUACCCUCCUUUGAAAAA